UUAUUGGUUUUUAUGUUGUCUGAACAUAUUUUUAGUUUAAAUCAUUUUAAACAAGACUUAUUUUAAUAUAAAUUUUAUUAAAUUUGAGAUACAGUAAAUGACCCUAAUUUCUCAGUGAAAUCGCAGACAGAAACUCAAUUAAAGUUAAAUGACACCCUAAAAUCCCCCUCCCGAACAUUUUCUGUGCGCGCCACUGCCCCACCCAGUCUGCUGACUGACUGCACCUUUCCAUGUCCUGGCAGAGAUCCGCAACAAUGAGGAGGAGGAGAAUGAGGAGGAGGAGCGCGCGCUAACCUGACCGGAAAAACUCAGACUCCCAGAGAUCCGGGAGCCUCCUGACACCCCCGCGGCGGAAUUCAGCACGGCUCCCCCGAUGAUUGAAGUGUCGAUCCCGUCGCUGGAGAAGGAGGUGGAUGAGUCCGGCAAGAGUAGAAAGCUUUUCAGAGUUGAAGUUUUGUUUAAUGAGAGGAAACAUUAUGUGCUCAGAAGAAGCAGCGAGUUCCAGUCUCUUCACAGAAAACUCAAGAAAAUUAUCCAGACUCCUGAUUUUCCGAGCAAAAGGAGCCCUCACCUGAGGACCAAACCCAUGGAGCAGAGGCGACAGGAGCUGGAAGUUUACAUCCAGGAGGUCAUCUACCAAAAUGAAGACGUGCCACAGAUCCUGCUGGACUUCCUCCAUUUGAAACACUUCCACACAGGAAACAGACAGAGCAGCUUCGAAUCGUUGGAUGAACUGGAAAGCCAAGACGACAAUUAUCAAUAUUCAAACCAGCCCGUGUUAAGAUUCUUUAAGGAUCCUUAUCUCUCCACAUGCUUGCCAGGCCUCCCUGAUAUUGUUGCAGACGGAGUUCUCCAGGGAUUUUACCCGCGGGACGUCCGGGUCAGUUUCACCGCCUCUGCCCUCGCCACACCUGAUCAGAGCUCUUCUGUAGAGGCCUGAAGAAAAGCACAACCGAGCACACAAUACAGCACACAGACGGCUGACGUCAAAGAAACCUUUUGAAAGGAGAGUCUCCGUGGAACUGCCGCUCAUCAGGAUGCUGUUGCUGAAAUGGUUGUAUUUGUAGCAGAUUUCUAUCAAAUAUUUACUCAUUAGUUUAGAAUUUCCCUUUUGAAUUGUGGACAUUCCAAUAAAACUAUUGUGCAGCUA